UAGUUACAGGUCAGUUUGUGCAUCGAUUGAGCAUGCUUUCUUCUCCACAGAGGUAUCUGACUUGAAUCGACAUUUUAAGUGCCAGAUUGGCCUCUCUUUUUGGACGGGACCAGACAGCUGCUGACCAUGGAAAUGAAUUCUUCCAGUACACAGCCCCAAAGCAGCCUAAGAAAGUCCAGGGAACAGCAGCAACAGAAGCACACAGCUGAUGAAGAGAUGUGUCAGAGGAAAUGUAAAGUCAUAGCCUACUAGAAAUCUGGCCAGGUUAGGGCUUGGAGAACAGGACCAGCAAUCCACAGCAAAGCUGCCAAAAGAGACAGGAAAUCCAGCGACACCAAAAACAGCACCCACCUCAGCAGGCACUUCCACAGUAUUUGUUGCAACAGCAGUCCAUGCAUACAGAUACACAAAUGGUCAAUAUGUAAAACAGGGCAAAUUUGGUGCUGCAGUCCUAGGAAAUCACACAGCCAGAGAGUAUAGGAUUCUUCUCUAUAUCAGUCAACAACAGCCAGUUACUGUUGCCAGGAUUCAUCUAAACUUUGAGAUAACGGUUCAGCCCAAUAACUAUAGCACCUUUUAUGAUGACCAGAGACAGAACUGGUCCAUCAUGUUUGAAUCAGAAAAGGCUGCUGCGGAGUUCAAUAAACAGGUGUGCAUUGCCAAGUGCAACAGUGCCUCUUCCCUGGAUGCAGUGCUCUCACAGGACCUCAUUGUAACAGAGGGUCCUGCUGUGGAAGUUGGAGAUUCUUUGGAAGUGGCCUAUACCAGCUGGCUCUUUCAGAAUCAUACACUGGGCCAGGUUUUUGACUCCACUGCUAACAAAGAUAAGCUGCUUCGCCUGAAAUUAGGAUCAGGAAAAGUCAUCAAGGGCUGGGAGGAUGGAAUGCUGGGCAUGAAAAAAGGAGGGAAGCGGUUGCUUAUCAUCCCUCCAGCCUGUGCUGCUGGCUCUGAAGGGGUAAUAGGAUGGACUCAGUCAACGGACUCACCCCUGGUGUUUGAGGUGGAGAUUAGGCGGGUGAAGUUUGCCAGAGAUUCCGGUUCUGAUGGGCACAGUGUUGGUUCCCGGGAUUCUGCAGCCCCUUCUCCCAUACCUGUUGCUGACGGUCUACCUGCUGAUCCUGUUGUGUCACCACCCACAUCUGUGCCUUUCAAGUCAGGGGAGCCGGCUCUUCGUAACAAAUCUAACUCCCUCAGUGAACAGCUUACAGUAAAUACAAAUCCUCAUAUGGUCAAGGCCAAGUUGAUCUCUCGGAUGGCUAAAAUGGGCCAGCCCAUGCUGCCCAUCCUUCCACCGCAGCUGGAUUCCAAUGAUUCAGAAAUUGAAGAAGUGAAUGUUCUGCGAGGAGCUGGGCAACCCACGCCGACUCCAUCUAUCCAACCCUCUCUUCAGCCAGCCCAGCCAGUGCUACCACAGGUGACCGCUCAUGCACCUCAGCCACCUGUUUCUGGACUCCAAGCUCCCUCUGCUGCCUUAAUGCAAGUUACAUCUCUCCAUUCCCACUCCUCAGCUGUGUCUGGAAAUUCCCAGUCCUUUCAGCCUUAUGCAGGUAUGCCAGCCUACGGUUAUCCCCAGGCAUCAUCUGUCACCUCCCAGCUGCAGUCCGUUCGGCCUUUAUACCCAGCACCGCUCUCUCAGUCUCCCCAUUUUCAAGGAUCUGGUGACAUGGCUUCAUAUCUCAUAACUGAAGCCCGACAGCAUAAUACUGAAAUCCGAAUGGCAGUCAGCAAAGUGGCUGAUAAAAUGGAUCAUCUCAUGACUAAGGUGGAAGAGUUGCAGAAGCACAGUGCUGGCAAUUCCCUGCUCGUUCCCAGCAUGUCAGUUACAAUGGAAACAAGGAUGAUUAUGAGCAACAUCCAGCGAAUUAUUCAGGAAAAUGAAAGAUUGAAGCAAGAGAUCCUUGAGAAAAGCAGUCGGAUAGAAGAACAGAAUGACAAGAUUAGUGAACUAAUUGAACGAAAUCAGAGGUAUGUUGAGCAGAGUAACCUGAUGAUGGAGAAGAGGAACAACUCACUUCAAACAGCCACAGAAAAUACACAGGCAAGAGUAUUGCAUGCUGAGCAAGAGAAGGCCAAGGUGACAGAAGAAUUAGCAGCAGCCACUGCACAGGUCUCUCAUCUGCAGCUGAAAAUGACUGCUUACCAAAAGAAAGAAACAGAGCUGCAGAUGCAGCUGACAGAAAGCUUGAAGGAGACAGACCUCCUCAGGGGCCAACUCACCAAACUGCAGGCUGAGCUCUCAGAGCUCCAAGAAACCUCUGAGCAAGCACAGUCCAAAUUCAAAAGUGAAAAGCAAAGCCGGAGGCAACUGGAACUCAGGAUGACAGCACUGGAAGAAGAGCUGGCUGACCUCCGAGCUGAGAAGGAAUCUCUGGAAAAGAGCCUCUCAGAAAGGAAAAAGAAGUCAGCUCAAGAGCGCUGUCAGGCUGAAGAGGAGAUAGAUGAAAUUCGCAAAUCAUAUCAGGAGGAAUUGGACAAACUUCGGCAGCUCUUGAAAAAGGCUCGGGUGUCCACAGACCAAGCAGCUGCAGAGCAGCUGUCUCUAGUACAGGCUGAACUGAAGACCCACUGGGAAGCAAAAUGUGAACACUUGCUGGCCUCUGCCAAGGAUGAACACCUGCAACAAUAUCAGGAGGUGUGUGCACAGAGAGACACCAGCCAGCAAAAGCUGCUCCAACUUCAGGAAAAGUGUUUAGCCCUCCAGGCCCAAGUCACAACCCUGACAGAGCAAAAUGAACAGCACAUCAAGGACCUGGAGAAAAACAAGUCCCAGAUGUCUGGGGUUGAAGUUACUGCUGACUCAUCAGAAAAGGUCAAGAAGAUCAUGAACCAGGUGUUCCAGUCCUUGCGGGGAGAGUUUGGGCUGGAGGAAUCUUACAAUGGUAGGACCAUUCUGGGAACCAUCAUGAAUACCAUCAAGAUGGUGACUCUUCAGCUGUUAAACCAACAUGAACAAGAGAAGGGAGAGAGCAGCAAUGAAGAAGAAGAAGGAGAGGAAGAAGAAGAGCAACUUCCGAGAUCUCCCCAGCAGCAGUCAGUCUCAGGCAGUUCUGAGCCGGCUCAAGCACCCCUGAGUAGGGAGAGGCGGGAGUCCUCCAUGGUGCCAUCAGAGCAGGUAGUCAAGGAAGCUGACCCACUGCCUCGUCAGGGCCUCCCCACCCCCCAGGAGGAUGUACAGAGAAGGGAAGGGGAGCCCACAGAAGCAGAGCCACUCUCAGAAAUAAAAGAUGAUUCGCUUCCCCCCAAACUGGCUUGCAUCCCCUCCCACAGAGCUCUGGGGCCCCCGACUUCAAUUCCUCCUAAGCCUCCAGGCCCUGUAACUGUGGACUCGGAGUGCAAGGAGACACUUGCUGCCAGCGCAUUGGGAAAUGCCUGUGUUGGGGAGCAAGAAAGCUCCAUGAGACCAGCCCUAACUUCAGACCCUAAGAAGGGGGACCCAUUAUCUUUGGGGCCUGAAAGUCCAGGAGGAAAGCCUCAGCCCCCAGAGCUCAAGAAAGAGGAAGAUGUCACUAGUUCUGCUGGUCCCUCCGAGGAGCUGUCAAGCGCAGAGGCAGGUUCUACAGCUGCAGAAACAGCGCUUGGACCCAACCACUCUUCUCAGCAUUUCAGUCUUUCUGGGGAUGAAGAGGAUGAACUGUUUAAAGGGGCAACUCUGAAAGUUCCAAAGUCCAAAGCACAGUCUGAGGAGGAGGAUGAAGAUGAGGUGGUAAGGAGAUCCCAGGCACAGCCAAGUCCUCACACCACUACCUGGGGACCCUUCCCUGCUGGCUCUGAGAAGAGAAAUGGAGUCUGUUGGUGGCCCAGUCCCUGGGCUCUGUGUGCAGGGCCCUGUGGGAGCAGGCUCGGGGCUGGGAGGGGGCAGCUCUGUAAGCAUAAUGGGGAUGGUCAGAUACCACUUUAUUCUUGAACAAGGACCACAAUCUCUGUCCACUCAGGAAGGAUUUUUACUAUAAAUGAAAGUUGAGCUGAUUAGGUCUACAUUAAAAUGCUAAAGCCUCAGGUUUCUCAAAUUGGCUAGGGUGUUACUGAUAUUUUAGAAUUGGGAAGGACUUGGAAGAUUGUCUUUUUUGCCAUCCUUAUUCAUAGACAAGAAACUGAGGCUCAGACAGAUGAUUUAUUUACCUAACACCACAGAGUGGCAGAGCUAAGAUUAAUAAACCCUCCAGCUCUGAUUAUGACCACCUGUUUCUGAGUAUUUUUCUGCUUCCUCAGCCUGCUUUCCAGCCUGCUGCCUUGUUUUGUCCUCACAAGAUUCCUGGGCAGACAGUGGGUUAAGUACUGAUGGCAUAGCCUCAAUUUACAAAGCUCCCUAGUGAAGGCCAGGAGGGCGAAAUGCUGAUAGAGCCUGAUCAGAGCCUCAGUUCCCGCAUCUGCUGUCCCCACAGUUAAAGCGGUCUUGGCUGUCACUGAGAUGUGUUGACUGCUGUGAUGGGAAUUUUACUAGUAAAAUGUGGGUGUGGAACACAGGUCAGCUUUAGGCUCAGUCUAUACUAGGAACAGAAAUAUGAGGUGACCGGGGGCAAAUUCUCUCCCCUCGUGUAUCAACCAGAGUGGGUUUUGCCUUUUGCCAAAACCUUGGGAAAAUGGCUGAGACAGAGCUGGGAUCCAGUUCCCUUAUACCAGAACCCUUC